AUGGGCAACACUCAUUCAAACUCACCUCCACGUCGCGCCCCACUACCUCGCGCUCAUCCACCGAUUUCGCGCACUCAUGCAGCAAAGACAGAUAUCAGCACGCGACCUCAAUCUCCCCUCCCUUCCUCUACUUCGACUGUCUCACCCUCGCAACCUCCAAUAUCCGAUACAAUAGACAUACCCCCAGCUAAAUUAAUAGACGACUCGGUAGAUUUUCAAAAGCUUGAGGAAGAGACUUUUAGUGGAACUGGGAGCUUAGCUUCUAGCUUUAACGAGAGCGACCUUUUAGCGGAAAGUAUUGCUGGUGAGCCAACCAGUUACAAGAAUAGUAAUAAGAUCGUACAUGAUUUCGGAGGUGUCAGUGCCUUAACCAGCGUUGACACAAAGGAAUCAGAUAAAGACAAGGGUAUUCCAACGAUUAUAACUUGGAGUCAGGGAGGGAACAACGUUUGCGUGACGGGUACAUUCAAUGAUUGGAAACACAACAUUAGAUUAUGUAAAAGCACUAAUGACUUUACAACAGUAAUAAAUCUUCCUCCUGGAACGCAUAAAUUAAAAUUCAUUGUCGACGACGAGUGGAAAUGCUCGAACGAUCUGGAGACGGCGACAGACUCAAAUGGAGAUCUGGUUAAUUAUCUCGAGGUGUUUGAAGAAGAAGAAAACGAAAUAUCGAAUGAUGAGUUGGACGUGGAUGAUCCGGGUUUAAGAUGUGGAACUCCACCAGGUGACUACUCGUCAAACAUACCUGACUACUUAUUAGCCUACGAACGUUCCCUAGUGGAAUCUGACAAUCCGGAGGACGAUGACGCACCCGAUGAUUCACCGGAUGCGGAAGAAUGCAGGAUAGACGCUCGACCACCCCUAUUGCCGCCUCACUUGGAGCGCGUGAUAUUGAAUUCGUCUUCGGUAUCAAAGGACGACAAUAGUAGUCUUCCGGUGCCUAACCAUGUCGUUUUAAACCACUUAUACGCUUGUUCUAUACGAGACGGUGUCAUGGCUGUUGCAUCUACCACUCGAUAUCGAAAGAAGGUUUCAUCUGAUGAAGACAUUUGGGCAGAUGAUACGGAAUUGUCUAAUGUAUCUUAUGACAGAGAGAUAACAUCCCGUCAAUGGAGGAGAAUGGGCGAAGAGUUUGGAAAUAUGGGGUAUAGGGAAGGAAUAGAAGAAGGAAAGGAAGUCACAAUGCAGGAAGGGUUUAAUCAGGGAUUUAUAGAGGGUGCCAGAUUUGGAAGGGAAUUUGGAAGAUUGCGAGGGUAUCUAAGUACUCUCAUAGAAAUCUGUUCGAACCCAACAAAUGAUUCCGCUUCCAUGAAUUCUUUGUCGCCACAAUCACUGAAAAAUCUGCAAGAUUUAGAACGGGAGCUUUCAGAUAUAACAGCGGAUAAAACAUUUACCAAAGACUAUUUUGUUCAGGUAUCACCAGAAAAAGCCAAGAAAUGUGAAUGCAAGAAUGGUUCAGAAGAUGGUGAAUUAGAGAAUAGUAACGGAGAUGGCCGUGAUAAGGAUAAAGCAAUUUCGGAUGCCAUACAAGUCCCAGUACGAGAUAAUGAUGCUGAGAAGCUGUUGGCAGAAUACACAAGAAGAGUUGAGAACGUGCUUAAAGAAUUUGGAAUUGAAAUAAGUUCUCUCGAUAAAUCUUUACCUCCACCACCUGCAUCUGCUACUUCCUCACCCACACAGCCUGCAGACGAAUCUAGUAAAACUAAUGAACAAUCUAAUGGAGAAACAAAAGACGGUUUAGAAAAACCAGGAGAGGAAGAUAAGAAUAUUACCCUGACUUUGCUACUGAUCUCUGGAAAGAAGCAUACUUUUACGUUUGACCCAAAUGAGACCAUAAAGACUGUAAAAGACAGAGUCUUUGACACAUGGCCAAUAGAGUGGUCCGAUGAGAGGCCGCCGUUAUCGGCAUCAAAUCUAAGAAUUCUGUAUAUGGGCAAAUUCUUGAACGAUGACACAACCCUGAAAUCCAAUAAAAUAGAACCUGGCCAAGAUACGACUGCUCAUUUGACAAUAAAAGAUAUUUCUCCACCCGAGGAUGAAGAACGGGAGACAACAGAUGCACCAAAGUGUUCCUGUUCGUGCUUAAUUCUGUAA